UUCCGCCUACCGCCGGGUUCCGCCCGCGGCGUGGCCAUGGCGAGCGGCUGCUCGGCGCGGGAGGCUGCCGCCGACCCGUCCGGCGGCCCGCGGGAGCUGUGCUGCGUGGCGGCGGAGUGCUCCUGGCCCUGCGCGCUGCCGGGCGGCCUGGCCCGGGCGCUCUGCCUGCAGCGGGACGCGGGGGGCGGUGAGGCCAGCACCGAGGCCGUGGUCGUGGAGAGGCGGACGGGCGGCGGGAGCGAGGUGCCCUGCGUGCUGCAGCUGGAGUGCCGGCCUGCCGGGGAGAUGGCCUCCGUCGGCGUCCUGAGCGAGGCCCGCAACAUGGAGGUGUACGUGGGCGAGGAGUACUGCGGGACCAGCCGCGGCGAGAGCCGGGGCGCCGCCUGGGCCCCGGGUGAAAGUGAAAAGGUUACUUUAUACCAGAAGUACCUUAAGUUUGAAUGCCCUGCCACCUCCUGUAGAAUUAAGCUGCUCUCCAUUGGCGAGAAGCAAAGGGUGCUCAUCAGUAAAAUAACUGUGCACGUGAAGGCGGUGCCUGCAAAGCCAGCGAGGGAUCUGCCUUCGCUGGGCUCGAGCAUAGAUCUGGACAGAGUGCAGACCAUCAUGGAGUCCAUGGGAUCCAAGCUGUCUCCGGGUGCUCAGCAGCUCAUGGACAUGGUCCGCUGUCAGCAGAAAAACAGUUUACCUCUCGGAGACAGACUCAACUGGAUCUUGGGGAAGCAUUCAGCCUGUGGAGGUGACUGCACAAGGGAUGGGUUGCAAAGUGCAGCCCUUCAGAUCUCACAGGAUCGAGUGGCCGGUGAACCUUCCCCUGCUAGAAAUCAUGUAACCAGUGAAACAGGAUCUGAAGGCUGCAGAGCAGGUGAUCUGAACACACAGCUGCCUGAAAGAGGGAAGACUUCUGAUUCUGAAGGACUUCCUGCCCAGCUUAGUAGCCAGCAAAAUGCAGUUGAGCUCAGAAAUUGUUUGAAGGCACUGGGAUCGCUGGAGGUGCAGCAGCGGGCGAGCGAGCUGCCCCGAGCGGCGAACCCCCAGGUGCUGCUGCCGUUCCUGCAGAGCUUGUGCAGUCAGGUGAGCCACCUCCGGCUGAGGGACGGCGAGAGGCAGCUGCCCAGAGCUGCAGUGACCAGAGAGGAAGGCAUUCAGCACGUUGGGGCAGAGCAGCAGCCUCUUUGCUCCUAUUUGGAAAAGAUCAUUUCAAAAAACAUGGACCUGAUGGAGAGGAAACUAAUGGACUAUAUUGAUCGUCAGAUCCAGGCUCUUCAGACACACAUAGAUGAUAAGAUAGGUCUCUUAAUGGACUUGCUGCAGAACUCAAAGCCAAACAAACUGUCAGAGGCACACUAUGAUUCCAGUGAGGGCUUCUCUAAUGGAGAGAGAUAGGUGUCUGCAGAUGUAGCAGCU